AUGUCCAAUGAAAUAAUCCAUGAAUACUUCAAUCAAAAAUCAUCAGAAUGGUGUAUUCUGGAUUUUCUUAAUGAGUGUAGUGCAGAAACUUUCAAACAGAAGAUAGACAUUUAUAUCAAAUCUCUUGAAACCAUUAUUGAUUGUGAGCAAGACAGAAGGUGUAAAAAAGCAAAGUUGCUCCUUGGUCAAUAUAGGAUGGCAACAAGAGAAUGGAAUAAGGAGCAUUCACAUAGACAGAUCCAUCUCCACCAACCAACAUUUACAAGUGGUGGAAUUAACAAUGUGAAUAUAAGCGGAAUCACCAACAGUGGAACUUUUGUUUCUGGAUUGUCCAAAAAAAUUAUACCCAAAGGAAGCCAGGAAGAG